AUGCCUUCCACGAAAGCUACCCUCAUCAUCAUGGGAGGUGCCAUAGCCGCCAUCGCGGUGACUAUGGACUGCUACGCAGAUGUCAUAGUGCGCCAAAUCGACAAGCAUUUCGACAUGUCUGAGCAUACCAUGGCGUACUUUGACCACUUCCCAAUCGCAAACGCUUGCCCCAGCGACUUGGCAUCGUGGCCCGCUAGUCUGCGCAAUGUGGUCUUCGCAGGCUCCAACAUGAUCGUGAACAUAGCGCCACCUUCUUUCGUCGAAUCCGCAAUGCCGAUCGCCAAUCUCAUGGCCUCCAUCACUGAUCGAGUAACCUCGUUUGCCCAUAAUGUAGUCUACUUCGGACAUCGAGCUCGAGACUUGGCAACGCAAGCCUGGGUUAUUGCUUUCAAGACAGCUGGUGCCGUGACUGAGCUGCGAAAAUUUCUGCACCAGUUGUGCGAGCCCUCGGUGGCGGAUGCUCUACUAGCCAUCGUUGCCUUGACAUCGUCCUCCGGCAUUCUGGUAGCAGUUUCCAUCGUCGUGCCCUGGAUACUGAUGGUGGUUCGCCUGAUCGCAUAUCCGCUCGUCUUCUUACUCUGGCUUGCUCGUUUGAUGGUCAAGGGUGCUCUUCGCCUGUUCAAGCCUUCUGCUGUUUAG